AUGGCCAACGUUCCAAACCCAUCCUCAGGAUACGAAGUCAGAGACACCUCACCCAUCCGAGCUCGGGACAGCGUCGCCUACUCUACCCCUUCUCACAACUGCGAACCAGAGAAGGGUCACAGUCACAUUUCUCACCAAGAUAACCUUCACCCCGCCGUCAAUGGCAUCCACACGCACGGCCUUGCUCCCUCCCCAACGCUCAACGACAGCCUGCUGCACCGCACCGGCACGACCGGCACUGUCCAUCUCUCCACCGAACAGUAUGAACGUCUCCUUCUUGGGCAAGCAGCCGGAGGAAACCUUGGGGGAAACUACGGUGGAAACACUCAGGGGACGCAGGGCACGGUGACCAGACGCUUUGGUAGUCCGACUGUGUUGGGGGUUAUCAGUUAUCUGAUGGUGUUGACCCCAACGGCGUGCUUCUUCAUGGAGUGGGCGGGAACUGGGCCAUCGAGUCUGAUCACGAUCAUUGGGGACUUCUACUUCUUGGGCGGUUUGGGGAUGGUUAUUGCGGGCGUGAUGGAAUGGGUUCUUGGAAACACGUUCUCAAUGGUUGUAUUCAUCACCUACGGUGGCUUCUGGUUGAGCGUCGGUGUCUUCAAUGACCCAAUGCACGGCGUUGCCUCCGCACUUGCUGAUGGUGGUAACAACCUCGAAUACAACCACGGAGUCAUGUUUUACUUUGCGUUCUGGUCCUUCCUUUCAUUCCUCUUUAUGGUCGGGUCUGUGAGGACACACAUGGUCAACGUCUAUAUCUUCUUUACACUCGGGAUGUAUUACGCUUUCAUUUCCGCUGGAUUUGGAGCUUUCGGUGACGGCAAUUCCAGGCUUGGUACUCGACUCCUGAAAACCGGAGGAGCCUUCGCUUUUGCGGAUGUCGUAGGUGGUUGGUACCUCGCCCUCGCCCUCAUCUGCGAAUCCGUCGAUAUGCCGUUCCGACUUCCUCUCGGUAAUUUGUCCAAUUUCUUGAGACGCAAGGACGGCCUGAGUGCACGAUCGUCGACGAAGAAUCAGGAAGAUUUCACAACGAAUGGUCACAAUGGCCACGUUGGCCACGUUGUCUAG